UAUUAUUCAGCAAAUUUAAUUCAAUUCAACACAAAAAAAAUAAAUCAGACAAUACAACCUGUUGUGUCUUUUUUUAUUUGAAAAUUUUCCUUCCUACGAUCUUGUUCAGCUCAAGAGGAGUCACCAUGCUCAUCUGAAACAAAAAUGAAUUCAGACAAGCUCUAAAGCCUGUAAUGGAAGACAAGAAAGCAAACAUAAUCGCCACCAUAUCCAUCUUAGCCCUUCUCAUAGUAAUAAUCGUCGCCAGAGUUACUCUAAAACUCUCCAAAACCUUUUACCUAAUCGCCGGCGUCGACAUCUCCCUGAUCCUCGCCGUGAUCUGUUUCCUCAUCAUCCGUCGCCGUUACAACAGAGAGCGAAAGAUCUUAGUCUCAAAAUACGUCUCCGAAGGAAAGGAGCUCCGGAUCGAGUACAGCUUCCUCCGGAAAGUCGCCGGAGUCCCGACCAAGUUCAAGCUCGAGGAUCUCGAAGAAGCCACCGACGGGUUCCGGAUCCAGAUCGGAAAAGGCGGGUCAGGCUCCGUCUUCAAAGGAGUUUUAAAAGACGGAAGCCAAGUAGCUGUUAAAAGAAUCGAAGGAGAGGAGAAAGGAGAAAGAGAGUUUAGGUCAGAAGUGGCUGCUAUAGCUUCCGUGCAGCACAAGAAUCUUGUUCGUCUUUAUGGUUACUCAUCAGUGAAUCGUCAAAGAUUCCUUGUCUACGAGUUUAUACCUAACUCAUCUCUAGACGUGUGGAUAUUCCGGAGCAGGAGAGUCAGAGGAUGCUUGACGUGGGACCAAAGGUACCAAGUCGCUGUCGAUGUAGCGAAAGCCCUAGCUUAUCUUCAUCAUGAUUGUAGGUCAAAGAUUUUGCAUCUUGAUGUUAAGCCAGAGAAUAUUCUCCUUGACGAGAAUUACAAGGCCGUGGUAACGGAUUUUGGACUCUCCAAGCUGAUUGCUAGAGAUCAGAGCAGAGUUGUGACUGAGAUUCGCGGUACAUGUGGAUACCUAGCUCCAGAGUGGCUUCUUGAACACGGUAUCUCUGAGAAGUCUGAUGUUUACAGUUACGGAAUCGUGUUACUAGAGAUGAUAGGAGGGAGGAGAAGUAUUAUGAAGGUAGAGAACAAGAAGAGCAAGAAGAAGAAGUUGGAGUAUUUUCCGAGGAUUGUGAACCAGAAGAUGAGAGAAAAGAAGGUCAUGGAGAUUGUAGAUGAACGGCUUGUAGAAGCUAGGGAGGUAAGUGAUGAAGGGCAAGUGAUGAAGUUAGUGUGUGUGGCUCUUUGGUGUAUACAAGAGAAGGCUAAGAAUAGGCCUGAUAUGGCUAUGGUGAUUGAGAUGCUUGAAGGGAGAGUUCCUGUGAGUGAGCCGCCUGAUUCACAGCUUGUUGUGGUUGAUCUUUUGGCAGAUGAUGAUGAUGAUGCAACUACUGGUGUAAGACGUGUUGUGGAUGUACCGAGGUUGCAUAUUCAGAGGGAAAGGAAUUUUCGUUUACCAUCUAUUUGUUCUAGCAUCAUCUCUCCCAUUUCUCCACGGUAGAGUUGUUCAUUUGAUAUGUAAUAAGAGACAGUUCAUUACUAGGAUUGAACACAAGGUUAUGGUUUUAACUAGCUAGAAGCUAUCUCUCCCAUCUGAAAUGAAAUAGUAACUGAACACAACAUUAUGGUUCCCAAACACACGUAAGUCCCAACUUGAAAUCAGUAUGUAAAAUAGGCACAAUUUUGAAC